ACUAUAUAAUUUGAUUAAUCACAUCAUCAUAUAUCUUCAUUCUUGAUAUUCCAAACGAGGCUAUUUUCUUCAUUUUUGUGAUUUUUUUCCUGUGUAAACAGCAACAAUGUGCAAUUGUUAUUUGUGCAGCUUAUAAUCGGCACCUUUAUUGUUUGGAUGUUUGUGUGCAUAUGGUGCCUGUGUUGUUUUCCUCUUUGACAUGAUUGUUUUAGCCAAAACAUGGCAUCAUUUUUUAAAUGUCAAUCAAAUGACCUACGGCUAUCGAUCGGUCGGGUCAAUGAAUUGUCUUUAACAUCUUCAUUAUCAACAACAACUGCUGACAACAACAACAACAAUGUGCUUUAUUGUCAUAAUCAUCGAAAUGAUUUUAUAGAUGUUCAUCAUCAUCAUCAUCAAUCUUGGCUACCAAAGUCAACAAACAUUGAAAAUAACAACAAUGAUGUUGUUGAUGACACCUCACUAUUGCCUAACAUAUCAAUGGCUCAAAAUGAUGAUCUGGUCGAUAAUGGCAAAAGUCAUUUAAAACCAACGUUAUUAUUUGUUCCAAAAUACUACUACUUUCAUUAUUUGUCAAAAUUGACAAAACAAAUAGCUGCUAUACAUUCAUUUUGGAAACAAUUUAUUAUCAGCUGCCCUACUAUUUCAUUGAUAUAUUUAUUAGUGAUUAUAUUGGCAAAUAAUAUUGGCCAUAUUGAAUGUUUCGAAUCUUUCAAUGAUCUUGAACAAACAUAUACAUCCAUAUGUGAACCAAAUGGAAUCAAUGCACUUGGUAUGGAAUCUGGUGUUAUACCAGAUUCAGCAUUAAGUGCAUCAUCUAGCUAUAAUGAACAAAGUGUUGGACCACAAAAUGCCAGACUAAAUCGUGAAUUACAUGGUGGUGCAUGGUGUCCAUCAAGUCAAAUUAAUCAAACAAAUUCCGGUCACGAAUGGAUUCAAAUCAAUUUAACUGAACCAUUUGUUAUAACUAAAAUAGCAACACAAGGAAGAUUCGGUAACGGUAUGGGUGUUGAAUUUGCUGAAGUAUUUUGGCUCAAUUAUACUCGUGAUGGUAUCAAAUGGACACGUUGGAGUAAUUCAUAUGGUGAAUUUGAUAUCCAAGGAAAUAUGGACACGUAUUCGAUUGUUGAAAAUAUUUUAUCCAUUCCAUUGGUCGCUAUAACUGCCAUACGUUUAUUACCCGUUUCAUCAUAUACACGAACUUGUUGUUUAAGAUUUGAAAUCUAUGGUUGUCCUUAUCAAGAAGGUCCAAUUUCUUAUUCAAUGAUGGAUGGACAAUUGAAUGGACGUUUUGGUGAUCUUAUUGAUCAUACAUAUGAUGGAUAUCGUUCGGAAACUGGAUUUUUAAGCGAUGGACUUGGUCAAUUAGUCGAUGGUAUACGUGGUGAUGAUAAUUAUAAAGUAAAUAAAGGAUUCGAAUGGAUUGGUUGGAAAGCAAAUACACAAAGUGUUGUAUCGAUUACUUUUCGUUUUGCUGACAUUCGCAAUUUUACUUCGGCAAUUUUUCAUUGUCAUAAUAUGUUCACUAAAGAUAUACAAGUAUUUCAUUCGGCACAAAUCUGGUUCAGUUUGGAUGGUAGGCAAUGGGCACCGAUUCCAGAAGAUUUUGCCUAUAUGCCCGAUAUGGUUGUAGAGAAAGCACGCGAUGUAAUCAUUCAUCUUCAUCAUCGUAUUGGUCGUUUCAUUAAAUUCGAUUUUAGAUUCGCUGCAAAAUGGUUGUUGAUUAGUGAGGCCAUCUUCUAUUCCAAUCCUAUCAAUCGAGGAUUAUCAAUCAAUGAAUUGGAUUUUGUUGACAGUCGACCAAUCGCUACAACUGCUAUACAAACAUCAUCGACUAGUACUACACAUAGAAAUAUAUCAUUAUAUAAGGAUUCAUUUUUUUUCAUCGGUUCUGCAAUAAUAGUCGCCUUAUUGAUAGCAAUAUUCAUCAUUGUUUUGAUAUGGUUGGCACGCAAACGAAAAGAAAAGAUAACUGGUUCGUAUACACGCAAUCAUCCAAAAAAAAUGGUUGUUCAUCUCAUUUUUUUUUUGUUUUUGUUUUUGAUUACCUAUUUUCGUGCAGGUUCUGAAUAUACGACCGUUCCAAUGAAAGAUGUUCCAUCAUCGGCAAUCUACUGUGAACCACAUCGUUUUCAUCAUCCAGGUUUUCCUAAUAAUAAUAGUCCAGAUCCAGAAUAUGCUGUACCCGAUUUAAUCGGCAAUGGACCAUCAACAUUUAUGACUGGAAAAUUGACUAAUAAUUCAUUACUACUUAUGAAUCGUCAACCACAGCCAUUAAUUUCAUCGUUUACUAGAACAAUGAUCAACCAAGAUGAUGGAAAAGCUAGAUAUUAUGCAUCGACCGAUGUACUAUCACGUAAUGGUAUUGAUCAUGCUCCCAAAAUUACUCAUAAUACAUUGGCCGGUAAUCUUAAUGUAAAUAGUCAACUAUUACCAGUUGCUCCAAUGUCUGGAUGUGUUGCAAGUCAAAUUUAUCCAAAAAAUGGAUCAGCUCCAUCAUCAUUAUCAUCAAAUACAUCAAAAGUAUUGAAACUCAAUUCAUCAACACCAUCUACUUCGUUGGAAAGUUAUGAAAAUACUCCAUAUAAUAAUAACCGUAAUGGAUCUCCAACAAAUCAUUCGGUUCCUUUGAUAAAGGAUAAAGAAGUGAGCAUUAUUGAUGGUCAUUUUGGUUAUUCUAAAUACGGUGAUUGUGAACUUGGCUAUUUUUGUCGAAAAAAUGACAAACAACUAGUCAUGUUGAAAACAUUAUCAUCACGUAGUUUUGAUUUGCAACAAGAAUUUACACAAGAAAUGAAUGCAAAAUUUCGCUUAUCAGAUCAAUGUCAAAAUACUUUUGCUCGAUUAUAUGGUUAUAUUUCUAAAUAUGAUUAUCUAGCCAUGGUUAUUGAAUAUGGUGAUUCAGAUCUCAAAAAAUUUCUUCGUAAUUGUUCUCCAUCGCUCAUACGAAUUGGACAAUUAGUUGAAAUUGCUCGACAAAUAGCCGAAGCGAUGCAAGAUUUACAUGAUCAUGGUUUUGUUCAUAAAGAUCUUGCUGCACGAAACUGUCUAAUAUAUCAUAAAAAUCUUCAAAUAAAAAUCACUGAUACAGGUGCCUCGAACAAAGAUUAUCAAACAGAAUAUUUUCAACAAAUUUUUCCACUUCGAUGGAUGAGUUUCGAAACAAUCAUUCAAAGUACUUUUACUAAUAAAAGUGAUGUUUUCAGUUUUGGUGUAACACUUUGGGAGAUAAUGAAAUAUUGUCAAUCAUUGCCUCAUCAAUUGCUCAGUGAUGAAGAACUAUUGUCCGAGAUUGUUAACGAUCAUCAUGUUGACAAGAUAUGUGAUUCUUCAUCAGCUUUUUACAAUCAUCCAUUUGACGAUUCUAAUGAUUCAAAAUGUUUACUUCAAUUAACCAAACCAAAAGAUUGUCCUGAUGAUAUAUAUGAUUUAAUUGUUGAAUGUACACAACAUACAGCCGAUUCUCGACCCGAAUUCGCCGAAAUAGUUCAUUUUUUACAGGCAAAAAGUUUAUCUUUACGAAAACUUUGAACAUAUUUGUUUCCAAUCAUCAUCAUCAUCAUCAUCAUCAUUAUGAUCUGAAUUUAUUUAAAUUUCUCAAAACCACACGACAUGAAUUGUGAUAAUUUUUUUU